AUGUUGGAUAUGCAAGCGUGCAAGCAAGCCGGAGCGGAACACGCGCGCGAUGCACAGCGCGGCGCGCGGAUCUUCCGUCUGAACGCGGCCGAAAAGAACGAGGAAAAGCGCAAGCUGGGCCCCUGGUCGCUCACGACCCGGAACCGCCGGCCCCGCUCGAAAGCAUUAUUAGGGACGUGCGACGAAAAAGGAGCGACGAUCCAUGCCUCGCGGAGGGACCCCCCUGCAUCUUCUCCGCGUGCUCCUUCCGCCCCGAUCGUCUCUUUAGCUGUCCUAUUCCAUCCAAAGCCACCAGACCGUCCGCCGCGCAGUUACCGCAUGGACAACAGUGGAAGAGACAAACCGUGCCGCUACCUCGACGUUUUUACACCACGAGGGAAGCCGAACCGCCCUUCUCGAUACAAACUACAUGACAUGCCGGCAGCGGCGUCAACCGAAAACGCACCAUUUGCUGUCCCCGGGCCCGGUGUUGACCCGAGUGACGGCGAGAUCGAAUCGCGCGGAAGGGGCGAUCCCCCGCGCGCAGAUAGGCAGGUGGGGAACGGGGUCGCCUUCUGGGGCUGGGUGCACUCCACGAACCAACAGGGAUGCCUCUGCGCGCGAGCCCUCUCGCCAUGUGUGUUCACGCGCGAUCUGAUGCCCGGCAAGGGCGUGGCCGCUUCCCAUAAACCUGUGCCACCAAAAUGCAGACACGCGAUUGUGCUUGUGGAGAACGCGCCGGAAGAGGAGAGAGAGGAGGUCGUCGAUUGCUGCUCCGGGUUACAUCACGGGCAGCCCCCAGGAGACAUCGACCGACGAGCCCUGCAAGUCGCGCCGCCCGGAUCUGCGCACACGGGGCCCGAGUCGCACGACGGACGCUGCGCGUGUUUUGAUGGGGGAGUCACUGUCCCGUCGCUCGGGUUCGCUCGGGCUUCGAAGAUGAGAUGGACAUCGGAUGACGUGCGGAUCGAGCACCGCGUCGGACCGCAUUGCACCGUGUCGUGCCGAUCGCUCGUCAGUUUCGAUGACACGCCGGGUGCCCGCGGAGACACGCCGUCGACGUCAAUGACGAGGAAGCCCGGAGAAGAUAGAGGACAGAAGGCGCAGGGACAAGAAGGCAGACGGGGGUCCGCGCAGACGAAGCACGCCGCAUCCGAGGUCGACCUUGAUCUCCGGCUCCCGAGCUCCGAAAUGAAAACAAUAACAACCAUAAUAAAGCCAAGCGCGCAGUCGGGCGCCAAAGGACCAAUGGAGCACGAACGACGCGAAGCGAAGACGAAGACAGCGCACCGUGGAUCGCGCAUCACGUCUACAUCGCGAAUCCCGCGCGCCAUCAACGGACGUCACGUGUCGUCGCGCUUCGCGCUUCAGGAAGAGACGGAAGCGGCGAGCAGAUACACGCAGCUCGGUGCCAACGAAGGCGCGGUGGAGCGCGAGGCGGCGCACAGCGAGAACAGGCAAGCGCGCUCGAUCGACGGGCGUGCCAAUGCGUCAUCCUCUGCGCGCGAUCUGCAGUCCCCGCGCCCACGACGUCUGGCCGAUCACCACUCGCAGGACAGCCGGAGCACAAGCCGGGACCUCUCGCAAACAACGUACCCGCGAGCGCUCGACGAACGACCGCCACGCUCGCACCCACCCACAUACCAGGCGCUGUCCAAUCGGAACGCGUUCCCAGAGCCUUUUUCCAAGGACGUCCGAGCGCCUCUGGAGCAGCGGUACGCGCCCAAAAGGGCAGCAAUGCGCACGCACGCGAUGGACUGGACGCAAAUUGGAUCGCGUCGACGGCUGGGGCACCGCCAGCUCCACGCCGGACAACCCGAGCUGAACGACAGCACACCGAGGAGCCGCGAGCGGGCCCGCGCACGACUCCGGAAGUCCGGGCGGAGCCCCGCACUCCAUGUCCAUCGGGCGGCGAAGCGGAAGCCCCGCGCGCGCAUGGGAAGAGAAGAGAGAGGAUGCGCUGGCUGGCAGGGCAUCAUACUCCCGACGUUCGCGUCGACGUCGACGUCAAUCCCAAUCCAACCCAAUCCAAUCCGACUCGAUUCGAUUCGGUCCAAUCCAAUCCAAUCCGACUCGAUUUGA